AUGGCACCGCGCCGCUGCACACCCGUUGCACUGAUGGUGACCGCGGUAGGGCAUGGUAGUGGGUUCGAUUUACAACGGGAGGACACAACUGUAAGGGUUGAGGCGGCGCGCCCGAGUCCCGCUCGCACGCAAUACUUGACAUGCGAUCGUUCCCUACGUGUGUGGAGACUAGAGAACGAUGCACAGUCCCACGCGCGUUGCUUGCGCAGACGCAUGUGCCCCGAAUGUUCAACGUUUAAUAAUCUAAAGGACCAGGUGUGGUUCGAAGGAUGGAUGCUGAAAGGACGAUUUAGAAUCCUAGACGUGAAGGUAACGAGUGCAGUG